AUCAAGCUCGAGCUCGCCGCUCGGAUGUCCGAGGAGCUUCGUUACUCAGAAACGAUCUCUUGCAUAGGGGUUGAUGAAUUCUUGGAGACGCAUCAGUUGCAUGCGCAGUACGUCUAGUCGCUCAUCCCUUUUGAUAGAGUGAAAAAUUCAAGUAACUGAGAUAGUGUUGUGAAACAGUUUUUUGCGUUGAUUGAAUAAAUCCAAUUUCAAAUUGAAUACAUUUCUUUUACGUAAGCGGUCCAUAUUUAAUUUAAUAAUUCGAUCGCGUAGUGUUUCAAAACAUGUUCUACCCAACCACUCUACUGAGAAGAAGUAAGAGGGGCUGCUUGCAAAAAUGCCGUAUAGCUGCGCUUUCCAAAACUUUCAUGGGACAAGGAGCUUUCAAACUGAAGAAAGUUGACAUUUUUAAAGCGGAGAUUGAAGAUUGUUGCGAUGAAAUAAUUGUUGGUGUUAGUGAGCUAGUCGGUGAAAAUAGUCUUUGGGAAGCAUCUUUGAGUAUGUUCGGACUUACAAGAAUUUUUGACAAAAAAAUGGACUUCAUCUUAGCCGACGUAAAAACUUUGUACGGGGAAUUAACGACACUAGCAAAGCCAUCGAAAUCCAAGAAAAAGGAAAAAUCACAGAAACCCACUCAUUUAGACGUUUUAACUGGGGUUCCAGAAAAAUCUAUUGACAUUGAUCAACCUGAAAUAAAUAACGAUGAUAUGUGCAUUGACUUUUAUCAACAUUUCGCAAAUGAUAUCCCAGACACACACCAGAUUCGAGACGAUGAAUAUUUGGAUCCGAUACGUCCCGGUAUAAUGGAUCUCGAUUUUUCUAAUCCAUUUGAGGAUUUUUCACCAAGAAGACGGUCGUAUUCAUCAAAUUUUGAGGAUGCGCCGAUACCUAAUCAGGCGAAUGAAAACAACCAAUUCGAAUUAGAAACAGAGCCUCCAGAAACUAACGUUUCGGUCAACUUACCACAAACUCCGAAUCAAUCAACCGAGCAAUUGCGAGCCAAUUCCAAACGAAAAUCAGAUAAAAAACACAAUGAAACUCCUUCAAAAAAACAACGAACUGGUUCUUUUUCAUCGCCUUCUCUUCAAGCUAGUAAAGAACAUUUACGAUUAUCAAAUUUAACGGAAUCAGCAAGAAGUCCACUUCAACCGCCUCCUAAAUUCCGAAUUUCACUAUUUCAAAUGGCUACUGAUGCACCGGCAAUCGAACAAGCUCUACCAGAAUCUUCAGCACGACUUUCAAUUUCUUCACGGUUAGAUGAAGAACGUCCAAUUGCCCAUUCACCAAAUCGCUUGGGCUUAUCUGCAUUUGAAAAUGAUAUUAGAGAGCCACAAUUUGAUGCCGGCGUAGAACCCAUGAAUACAAAUGGAGCAGAUGCUGAAUUUUUAAAUUCUCAGGAAUUUGUAAACCAAGCUCCUUUCAACGGUCAAUCGCAAUAUUACAUUCCGGAAUCAGGCGCCAUGAUGAAUGCCCAAGAAAUUUACGCUCCACCAAGUACAUCAAUGUUAGUCGAAUCAUCACAGCAAGCACCGGCUAGUUCUGAAAAUGAUAGUCAAUCCUCGACUGAUAAUCGAAGAAAAAGAUCUAAAAAAGGAGAAGAAGUUUGUGAUAACGUAAAGCAAAUUGUACUAAAAAAUUUAGGAACCUCAGCAUUUACACGGACAAUCGGUCAUAUUGAUGAACUAGCUAAAAAACUUCAAACGCUAGCUACUAAUAAUUUAUCAAACGUACCAUCGCAUAAAAGAGGGGCGAUGUUAAAUGAAAAUACAUACUUUUCAAAUAAAAAGUUGACAAACCUAUUUUCAAAAAUAGUUCAGGGACCCAUUAAACGUCAGUCACAUUCAAGUGGAGAACCAUCUAUUCCGAGAGACAAUGGUACAAAAAAAGAUGAGCAACUUUCACGUUUAGCAGUAAACAAUAUAGAAUCAAGAUUUUCAAAUGAAAAUAACUUUAAUGAACGAACAAUUGGUGUUCAACAAUCAAAUACUUAUGAACAAGGUUUCGAUAAUAUAGAACAAGCUCCUCAAAUAACAGAAGAAGCAAAUGAUAAUAUGGAAUUACCACCUGUUCCUCAACUACUAGAAGAGUCAAAUGAUAAUUUAAGGAAAUCAAAUGAAAACGUAACAUCACCGGAAAACCGUCAAGAAACUGACUUUAACAUACAUAUUGAUGACGUAAACUAUGAAUAUCCGCAGACUGUACCUGUCGAUGAAAAUAGAUCUAUUCCAGAUAGCUCAUCAAAAACGCUCGAAAAAUCAGUGAACUCUUGUCCUGAUUAUUUCAUGAAUUUUGGAGAAUUCGAAAAAUUAUUAGGGAUAAUUUUUAGAGCAAUGGGUCAAAAAAUAGCAUACCGACGGGAAUUAGAAUUGAAUAUUGACGAUAUUUUAAUUCCAAAUGAAACGUCAACCGAAGAAUUAAUUAUUUAUCUCAAUUUUUUCAUUAAAUUUUGCGAAGAAAGAAGAAAUUUCAACAUAAAACAAGACAAACCAUACGAUCCAGUAUUUUUAGUAGGACUAUUAAAAUAUUAACCUUUUGAACAC